AUGGAUUCCUCGGGCUCCCAGGAGAAAAAGUCCAUCCCGCGGUUUGCCAGUUUCAAGCCUCCACCAGCUCCUCCGCCCAAAGCUGAUCGGCCUUCUGAUCGCCGAAGUCACGAGCCCGUCCAUCGCGACGAAAAGUCCAAACACCACUCGAGGCAUAGAAGCCAUCGGGAUCGUUCGCGAUCUCGAGAGCGUCGAAGAGAACGGAAGGAGCAUCGUCCGGCCCGAAGAGAUGCGGAACAACGAGAUGUGGAGCCUACCCGCGAAUCUGCGCGCGCACCGAAACCCAUCGUGAGAGAGGGAGAAGACGAGGCGUCUGAUCUGUAUGUUAUCGAUCGCAAAGGCGACAAAUACAACCUGAUUUACGGGACAUUACAUCGCUACAAUGUUCCCCUUUAUCACCGAGUCGGCCGAGGAAACGUGCUUGGUCUUCCCACGAGCUACCGAAUCGACCGCGACACGGCGKAGGGAGAUGCGCUGAUCUUGAAGACGGGCAUUUCGCGUACAGACGCGAAGAGCAUCAAGUCAAAGAGUGCCUUUGCUGGACUGGCUAAGCAACGCACGAAGCUUCUCCGGCUGCGAAAAGACCCUUUGUCGGAUGCCGCAGCCGAGGCCUCGAAAGAUUUCCUUCCUCUCGAUGCUUCAGCCAACCGGAGGCGCAAAGAAACGCCAGAAGAUAUCGCUACGGAAGAUGAGCGAUAUGCCUACCGGUCGAUUCAUGGUAAAGCGAAACCCGAAGAUGACAUUCCGAGCGACUUGGAGGCCGUGUCGGACACGGACUCCAGUGACGGCGGCCUUCGAGUGGAUCCCGACGAGGAAAUCAAGUCUCGCAACGCAGAACUUUUGAGGGACGUUGAACGAAACCCGACAGAUAUUGAUGCAUGGCUCCGCCUCAUAGAACAUCAGGAGUUGCUUCUUAGAGGUUCAGAAAGGGAAUCUCGCGCCUUGACCGCCGCGGAAAGAAAGAGUUUGGCCGACAUCAAGCUGUCGUUGUACGAGAAAGCGCUGAAAAAGGUCGGGGAUAGUCCGUUCAAAGAUGUCCUUCUGCUGGGCUUAUUAGAAGAAGGUGCAAAGCUAUGGGACACGAAGAAGCUCUCGUCACAAUGGCAGGCAGUGCUGAAAGCGAAUUCACAAUUCAUUAGCCUUUGGAUCAAAUACCUUGAUUUUCGUCAGACGGAAUUUCUCGAUUUUACCUAUGAAAGGUGCUUCAACACCUACCUUGAAUGCUUGAAACUGAAUAGGCUUGGCCCUGGAGGGCCGGGAAAAGGCCAUGUGCAGGUCUACUUGUUUUUGCGAUUGACUUGUUUUAUCAGGGAAGCUGGAUUCACAGAGCAUGCGGCUGGUCUUUGGCAGGCCAUUCUUGAAACAGUGUUCUUUCGUCCAGAGGAUUUAAGUAUCGGAAAGGACCAAGAAACACUUUCAGCGUUCCUUGACUUUUGGGAAUCAGAAGUUUCUCGAAUCGGAGAGUUGGGCGCAAAGGGUUGGAGAUCGGGAGAAAAUGCUCUCAUGGAACCCAAGGCCUUCGCACCUCAGUUCAAGGUCGAUCUACGAUCAGUUUUUGCAUCCUGGACCGUCUGCGAAAGAGAACGGAUAUCCAAUGCGCAAUUGCCCGCGCGGAGUCUGGACGAGACUGACGAAGAUGAUCCCUACCGUAUAGUAAUUGCAUCUGAUCUCCGAGAGAUUUUACCCCUUGUCUGGGACGUGGACUCGACGGAUGUGUUGAUCGAUAGCUUCAUGUAUUACUGCCAAUUGCCUCCACUCAAGUCACCCGAGAACAUGGAAUCGACCAGUCGUUGGACUGGAGACAAUUUCCUGCGAAAUGAGUUGAUGAGUAACACAGAGAUCACAAUACACGGUUUUCUUCAGAACCAGACCGACGGUACAGAGCCAUCUGCUAUCUCCCCAUUGUCUUUCCCUCAUACAAAUUUCGUACAAACCACGGAUACGCUGUUUGCAGAUCAAGAGGCCUGGUUUUCGUCUCUACGGUCGUGGACGAAGACUACGAUGUUCUCACGAUCCGAUAUCAACCCCGACUGGGCUCGGAGGACCCUCAGGUUAUUGGUAGAAGCAAAUCCGUGGAACGAUGACUUGGCUGAGUGUGCACUUGCCGUGGAAUUAGCGUGCAAUAGCAAAGAAGCCAGGAAGUAUGCCAAGUCGCUUCUAAAGAAGAGGAGCUCGAACCUGCGGCUUUACAACGCCUACGCGCUUAUAGAAUGCCGCUCUGGCAAUCACACGGCUGCCGAACGUGUCUGGGCAACCACGCUCUCCAUGAGCAAGACAUUUUCCGAUCACGACAGGGUCGAUUGUGCCAUGUUGUGGCAGAGUUGGAUCUGGGAAUCGCUUAAUGCUCGAAAUAUAGCCCAAGCAUCCCACCUACUCCUUUCAAUACCGCAGAACAGUGUUGACCUCAACGCUGUCCCGGCCGCUUUUAGCGAAACCAUGUUUAGCGCGACAGGUCUGCUGAAAGCACAGAAUUCUCUUUCAGAAGCCCAAGAACGCGCCCUGGUCACCAGAAAAGCCAGGAUAUUUGUUGCUUGCACGGAUUGUCUGGCUCUUCUUGCAUAUCUGUCCCAGUCCUUCGAUAUGACCAAAGCCUUGGAGGCAUAUACCCGUGCAAUGGCCAGUCUCAGCACGCUACCUGAGCGAUUCCACAGUUUCCGGACCUUCACAACCGAGUUGCUACACCAAGCCCGGGCGAGGCUUAUUUACUAUCAUGUCCGCACCAGCAGCCUAUACAAACCAUCUCAGAUUCGCUCCCUCCUAACCGAAAGCAUCUCCCUCUUCCCCCACAACACCAUAUUUUUAUCCCUCUUCGCCUGGAACGAAUCCCGGUUCCGCAUCGAAGAACGCGUCCGCGAAGUCGUCCGGGACGUCACCUCAGAAACAAAACAGCGCACCAGCCACGACCGCACAAUCGCCCAACAAAUCCCCAUAACCUCCCACCUCUUCUCGAUCUACACCGAACUCGUCCGCCCCGUCUACGCAGGCUCCACUCUACACUCCGUCCGUGCGGCCUUCGAAAAGGCCAUCGGCGACCCCGCACACCUCCCACACACAGGCGCACUCGCGAACGGCGCCAGCAGCACUACAUCGAGCGCGCGCUCGAGUCUCACCCUCUGGAAGCUGUACAUCCUCUUCGAACUCUCCCGGCACGAGAUCGACCGCGCCAAAGAAGUCUUCUACCGCGCUAUUCGCGCCUGUCCCUGGUCCAAGGAACUCGUUAUGCUGGCAUUUACGCACCUGCGCGCGGACGUCGUCCGGGACCGAUACAAAGAUUCCCCGAGGAAAGGGGAGGGGAUGGGCUUCGACGAGCUUCGCCGCGUGUAUAAUGUUCUCGUGGAGAAGGAGUUGCGGAUCCAUGUCGAUAUCGAGGAGGAAUUGGACAGACUUGCGGCGAGGAGGAUCGAGGGCGCUGCUAUGUCUCUGGGGCCGAUUCAGAUGCCCGACGAUGCAGACAGUGAGGAUGAGCGUAUGCAGUUAUAG